CGAGUAGAGAGAGUAAAGCUUCAGCGACUGUGCCUCAGUCACACUGGAACACUGAGUCAUUGUUCUCUUCCACUAGCUGUCUAGGAAGGGCCCUGGAUAUGGCUACGUCUAUACUUGGGGAAGAGCCGCGGUUUGGAACUACCCCUUUAGCGAUGCUGGCUGCAACCUGCAACAAAAUUGGCAACACCAGUCCUCUCACGACUCUGCCCGACUCCAGCACGUUUUCCAAAGGCGGAUUCCAUCCCUGGAAAAGAUCGUCGUCGAGCUGCAACCUGGGCUCCAGCCUGCCCGGAUUCACCGUCGCCACAAGCCGAAGCACCUCGGGACUAUCGAGCAGCACCGGCUCGGGAAACAGCGCGUUCUGCCUGGCCUCGACCUCGCCGACCUCCUCCGCGUUCUCCGCCGAGUACAGCAGCUUGUUCUCCAACACGGCGAGCGUUUCCUCGCAGGAGUCAGGACAGUCCGCCUUCAUUUCCAAAGUUCACUCGUCGGCAGAGACUUUAUAUCCGCGGGUCGGCAUGGCGCACCCUUACGAAUCGUGGUACAAGUCCGGCUUUCACUCCACCAUCUCUGGCGAGGUGGCCAACGGCGCGUCCACGUGGUGGGACGUGCACACGAACCCGGGCUCGUGGCUCGAGGUGCAAAACCCAGCCGGCAGUUUGCAAAGUUCACUGCACUCCGGAACCCCCCAAGCCAUCCACUCGCAGCUCAGCGGCUACAACCCAGACUUCUCCAGCCUUACGCACUCCGCGUUCAGCUCCACCGGCAUCAGCCCCACUGCGUCGCACCUCCUCUCCACCGGCCAGCACCUGUUGACGCAAGAGGGCUUCAAAACUGUGAUCCCCACUUACACGGACGCGUCGGCCACUAACGCUAUGAUCUCCGGCGCCAGCUCGGGCAUAGGGACCUCGUCCAGGUCCUCCAGGAGAUACUCCGGACGCGCCACAUGCGACUGCCCGAACUGCCAAGAGGCGGAGCGGCUCGGGCCUGCGGGGGCCAGCCUGCGGAGGAAAGGACUCCAUAGCUGUCACAUCCCGGGCUGCGGUAAAGUCUACGGGAAAACGUCUCACCUCAAAGCGCACCUGAGGUGGCACACUGGCGAGAGGCCCUUUGUGUGCAACUGGCUUUUUUGCGGCAAACGGUUCACCAGGUCAGACGAGCUCCAGAGGCACUUGCGCACUCACACCGGGGAGAAACGGUUUGCUUGUCCGGUGUGCAACAAGCGCUUCAUGAGGAGCGACCACCUGAGCAAACACAUUAAAACACACACCGCUGGAGGCGGGGGCAAAAAGGGCAGCGACAGUGACACCGACACCAGCAACCUGGAGACGCCCAGGUCCGAGUCACCCGAACUGAUUUUAGAGGGUGUGAACCCACGGGUCACGGUCAAAGAUCAGUCUCCACACCACGAGUCCUGAGCUUGACCUCAAAAGGCAUGUUUCUCGUUUAGGUGAAUCGAGAGAAGGAAACGGGUCUGGAGUAUGCGACAAACUCUGACACUGCAAACGAGCACUUUCAGUGCCACACUGGCUAUUCCUGCUGCGCACAGCCACAGACGAACGCUUUUCCUCAGCUUUCAGGACGAAAAAGUCUCGUCGAGGCUCAGUGGACAUUUGCCUCGGGAACUAAAUAACCACGGCUGCCGGCUGAGCUCAUUGUGUACAUAUAUCCACAAAAUGAACGUGUUAUUUUCUCCUGUAAAUGUUACUUCUGAUUGUUUUGUGGUGGAUCCUGAAAUUCAGGGAGUUUGCUUUUCCUUUCGUCGCACUUUGUGGAUGUCAGUAUGUAUGUUACACAGCUAUUUAAAAUUCAUUUAACCAUUCCUUUACCUUGCUAAAAAUAUAUAAUGUACAAAGUCACGCUUACAAGGCUUUCAUUUUGUAAUUAAAGGGAUUUAAAAUCGAAAGAUUGGGUUGUCUGAUGCAAAUGUUUUCGUGAGGCUUUGCUACAGUCUCAGCUGUAAUUGUUUAAAGCCCGCGCGUAAUUAUUACGCAGCUACAUUUAUUUACAUUUUAGAAAAAUGGAACCACUGCAGACUAAACAUCGAUACUGUUGCGCUGAUGUAGACUUGUUUCCCCCAGUGGGGAAAAAUCAAUAGUUAAUGCCCCGGAAAGGCAUCUUUGUCCAAAUGAAAAUCUUGUUAAAUAGUGUUAAUUAUGACUUGGAGCACAUCGCAGCCCCAUGUGUCUUGUAUUGGCGAUUAGGGAUUCGUGUCUUAUCAAAUAUCUAAUUACUCUCCGAGACAUCAUUUGUUCAGCAGCUCUUUAUCGCACAUUUUCCGAGGGGAUUCAGUGACAAAGGGCUUCUGAAUAUUUAUUUGAAUUGCUCAAAUUAACUGCUUAAAUUUGCAUGUCAAACGGAAAAUGUCCAUCCAGGAGAGUGCUGAAGGCAUAAAGCAUCGUUUAGCUUUUAGAAAACGCUACACUUGAUUUGGUGGUAUGGGAACAGUUUUACCCCCUCUCUUCCUUUCUUGCCUUUUCUGGAUGCCACUUUUGAAAGGGGAGAUGAGGAGAGGCCUUAUGCUAAUGUUGAAUUUAAAACGCUCUCGCAGUCAAAUGGUCCCUGGCUGUUAUUUGAAUAUCAGUGGCCCUGUACUGAAAAGGUUCAAGGAUGCUCUCUGACUUCUUUGUGUUUAUCCAGUGCAGCGUCCGAUCCCACAGAAACCCCGGCGGAAUAAUUAGAGCUCGAGCCCUGCCUGGGAACUGCUUCCUCCACACGCUUUCUGUGCUACAAGGUAAAUUGACCAGAAGGCAAUAGACUAAA